AUGGAUUCAGCAAGAAGUUGGCUACAUAAAUUUCAACCUAGAGAAAGGUUGAGAUCAAAUACCAGAAGGAGGGAUUCAAUAAGUGAUGGUGAAGAUUCAAACAACCCAACCAUGGAUGAAGAAGCCUCAAAUAUAACAAAACAGAAAGUUGCUGCAGCUAAGCAGUAUAUUGAAAACCAUUACAAGGAACAAAUGAGGAAUUUGCAGGAGAGGAGAGAAAGGCGAAUCUUACUGGAGCAGAAAUUGGCUGAUGGAGAUGUUUCUGAAGAAGAUCAAAACAACUUGCUUAGAUUUCUAGAAAAGAAAGAAACUGAAUACAUGCGUUUACAAAGACACAAAAUGGGAGUUGAUGAUUUUGAGCUGCUCACAAUGAUUGGAAAGGGUGCAUUUGGUGAGGUCAGAAUCUGCAGGGAGAAGACAACAGCCACUGUAUAUGCCAUGAAAAAGCUUAAGAAAUCAGAAAUGCUACGAAGAGGUCAAGUUGAACAUGUAAAAGCCGAAAGGAAUCUCCUUGCUGAGGUGGACAGCAAUUGCAUAGUGAAACUAUAUUGUUCUUUUCAAGACAAUGAGUAUCUGUAUCUGAUAAUGGAAUAUCUACCUGGUGGUGACAUGAUGACAUUGCUCAUGAGAAAAGAUACCUUAACCGAAGAUGAAGCAAGAUUUUAUGUUGCAGAAACAGUAUUAGCAAUCGAAUCCAUCCAUAAGCAUAAUUAUGUACAUAGAGACAUCAAGCCGGAUAAUCUGCUUCUUGAUAGAUAUGGACAUUUGAGAUUAUCAGAUUUUGGAUUGUGUAAACCGUUAGAUUGUAGUACACUGGAAGAGACGGAUUUUGCCACAGGGGAUCAUGUCUCCAAUUCAACAGGUGAGGGCCAUUCUGCUGCUCCUAAACGCACACAACAAGAACAACUGCAGCAUUGGCAGAAAAAUAGGAGGACUCUUGCUUAUUCGACUGUUGGGACUCCUGAUUAUAUUGCUCCUGAGGUUCUACUGAAGAAGGGGUAUUCAUUGGAAUGUGAUUGGUGGUCUCUUGGUGCUAUUAUGUAUGAAAUGCUGGUGGGGUACCCACCUUUCUACUCAGAUGAUCCAAUGUCAACUUGUAGGAAGAUUGUACAUUGGAAAUCACAUUUGAAGUUCCCUCAAGAAGCGCAGCUUUCUUUUGAAGCAAAAGAUCUUAUCAGCAGACUGCUAUGUAAUGUCAAUCACAGGCUGGGUUCAAAAGGGGCACAUGAAAUAAAGGUUCAUCCGUGGUUUAAAGGUAUUGAUUGGGACAGAAUAUAUCAUAUGGAUGCUGCAUUUAUUCCUGAAGUUAAAGAUGAAUUGGAUACUCAAAAUUUCGAAAAGUUUGAAGAGUCUGAACACCAAAUUAAGAGUUCAUCAAGAUCUGGACCAUGGAGAAGGAUGCUUUCAUCCAAGGAUAUUAACUUUGUUGGGUACACAUACAAGAAUUUUGAGAUUGUAAAUGACUAUCAAGUCCCUGGAAUGGCUGAAUUGAAAAAGAAGAAAAAUAAACCAAAGAGACCAACAAUCAAGUCAUUAUUUGAGGAAGAACCAAGUCAAGAAUCAUCAUAAGGACACGUCUCAAUCAUACCAAGGGGUAAAAAUUGUUAUGAUCAC